UAAUCGGGACUGGCGCUAACGUGCGCUUGGGGCUUACGAUUUGUCGCAGUAUCACCUCUCGUCUCGUCUUCCAUUUCGCCAAUCUUUCUCAGCUCAGAAGAACAAAACCCUAACUUUUCGGUCUCUAAUUCGAAUUCUCGCCUUUUUCUCUUUCUAUUCCCUCCGCUGGGUGAACGGACGAUGGAAGAUAUGUCUCUCCCUGCUCUGUUCGAACAGGCUCGGAGGAUUCAUCUUACAGCUUCCGAAUCUGCCGUCGAUCAGGAAACAGUGAGAAAGGGAUGUGAAGCUUUGAAACGAUGCGAGGAAAUGGUUGGCAAACUAGGGCUGUUUUCGUCGAACGAGACGAAAGAUGAUAUAAGCACAACCAACCUCAAAUAUAUUUUGGUGCCGUAUUAUCUUGCUGAACUCACAGAAAAAAUUGCACAGGAUGACAGAAUUCAAGUUGUUAAGGCUUCACAGGCAAAGUUAAAGGAAUUUAUGUCGUUUUGCGAAGCGAUGGAGCUUGUGCCUGAAGAAGAGUUAGAGUCAUUUGUACAAGGUGGUCCAAAUUCAUCUGCUGACCGAAGGGCAAAGAAGAUUGCUCGGUUUAAACGCCAGAGAGCUGCAGAAUCCAAGCUGCUCGAGAUAAAGGAGCGGAAGGAGCGACGUGGGCGUUCGACUAAAGCAACCGCCUUAUCUACACCUGUGGAGGCAGUAGAGGAAGAUGUGUUGGAUGAUGAUGGAGAGGAAGAAAGGGAGGCCUGGCUUACUACCAUUUCUUUGGCUAUUUGUAAGGCUUUUGACCUCCUUGAAAUGCUAAAGAAAGAAGAAGAAAUCCUUUCAGCAAUAAAGGAGAAGCAAUUACAGGAAGGGGAGAAGGAAGUUUCACAGGCAAUUCUUGACGACCGCACCAAGAUGGCAGAAGCCCGGCAUCGUGACGCUGCAGCUCGAGUUCGAUAUACUAUACCCGCUCAACCUAUAACAUGCGCUACUUUUGCUCAAGAUGUUAUAGAAGGGAGAGCACAGGUUUCACAAGCUCAUGAACACAAACAUCAGCCACUGAUAUUUGGACCAGCGAGUCUUGUGGGUGGAAACCCAACAAGUGAAAGGGAAAGGAUGGCAGCACAGGUUUUCCAACCUAGUUACAGAUUGCCGACCAUGAGUAUUGAGGAGGCCGGGUUAAGAGAGAUGGAGAUGAUGAAUAAGUUUCAGGAGAGAAAUGCCAAGCUUAUGGAAGAAGCCAAUUCGGCAUGGUACAAGGACAAUGCAAAGUUGAGGCCUGGUCAAGAAGAAGAUGAAGAUGAAGACGACGAUGCCGCCCAAGACAAGGCAAGGGCAUGGGAUGACUGGAAAGAUGACAAUCCUCGUGGUGCUGGUAACAAGAAGCUCACCCCUUGUGGGUAAAGAGCAACAUUCUAGCUCUCUGUCCGUUGUACACUUCCAGACAUUGAAUAAGUCCAUUUUUCGUGAAAAGUAUCAAAUCCCUGUUAAUGGAUGUUUUUGUUAUGCCAAAAUUUGUUUUUUAGUAUUUUUUUUUUUGAGAACUUAUGGUUUUAAAUAUAAGGAAAUUUUGCAUGUGUAGUUCCAGCACGACGAGGGGGGAAUAUUUGAGUUCCCAAUUUGCAGAUAAGAGCUGCUGUAGCUAUGUAUACUAUCAAAAUCUAAGUUAGAUGUUUUGUUAUGUACUUAUUUUGUUGGCAGUUGUUUGAUAUCCAUGUUUCUCUCUUUUUCUGAGAGUUUGAUAUC